AUGAGACUCCUCCCGCUCCUAGUGGGUUUUUCCACUUUGCUGAAUUCUUCCUACACUCAAAAUUGCACCAAGACACCUUGCCUUCCAAAUGCAAAAUGUGAAAUACGGAAUGGAGUUGAAGCCUGUUACUGUAACAUGGGAUUUUCAGGAAAUGGUGUCACAAUUUGUGAAGAUGAUAAUGAGUGUGGAAAUUUGACCCAGCCCUGUGGUGAAAAUGCCAACUGCACUAACACAGAGGGAAGUUACUACUGUAUGUGUGCCCCCGGUUUCAGAUCCAGCAGUAACCAGGACAGGUUUAUCACUAAUGAUGGAACCAUCUGCAUAGAAAAUGUGAGUGCGAACUGCCAUCUAGAUAAUGCCUGUAUUGCUGCAAAUAUUGAUAGAAUGUUAACAAAAUUUAGACACAUAAAGGAACCUGUGGCUUUGCUACAAGAAGUCUAUAGAGAUUCUGUGAAAGAUCUUUCACCGAUGGAUAUAAUUACAUAUAUAGAAAUAUUAGCUAAAUCAUCCCCAUUACUGGGUGACAUGAAUAGCACUAAUUCAGCCAAGGACACCCUUUCUAAUUCAACUCUUACUGAAUUUGUAAAAACUGUGAAUAAUUUUGUUCAAAAGGACGUAUUUAUAGUUUGGGACAAGUUAUCUAUGAAUCGUAGAAGAAUUCAUCUCACAAAACUGAUGCAUGCUGCUGAACAGGCUACCUUAAGGAUAUCUCAGAACUUCCAAAAGACCACUCAGUUCGAUACUAAUUCGAGUGAUAUAGCUCUCAAAACUUUCUUUUUUGAUUCAUAUCACAUCGAACAUACUCAUCCCUAUAUGAAUGUGGAUGGAGAUUAUAUAAAUAUAUUUCCAAAGAGAAAAGCUGCAUAUGAUUCAUAUGGCAAAGUUGCAGUUGCAUUUUUAUAUUAUAAGAGUAUCGGUCCCUUGUUUUCAUCAUCUGACAACUUACUGGAACCUCAAAGUUCUGAUAAUUCUGAAGAGGAAGAAAGAGUCAUUUCUUCAGUGAUUUCUGUCUCAAUUAGCUCAAACCCACCCACGUUGUAUGAACUUGAAAAAAUAACAUUUACAUUAAGUCAUAUGAAGACCACAGAUAAGUAUAGGAGUCAAUGUGCAUUUUGGAGCUACUCGUCUGACACGAUGAAUGGCAGCUGGUCUUUGGAGGGCUGCAAGCUGCUGUCCUCAAAUGAGACCCACACCUCAUGCCGCUGUAACCACCUGACACAUUUUGCAAUUCUGAUGUCUUCUGGUUCUUCCAUUGGUAUUAAAGAUUAUAAUAUUCUUACAAGGAUCACUCAACUAGGAAUAAUUAUUUCACUGAUUUGCCUUUCCAUAUGCAUUUUUACCUUCUGGUUCUUCAGUGAAAUUCAAAGCACCAGAACAACAAUUCACAAAAAUCUCUGCUGUAACCUAUUCCUUGCUGAACUAGUUUUUCUUGUUGGGAUCAAUACAAAUACUAAUAAGCUCUUCUGUUCAAUCAUUGCCGGGCUGCUGCAUUAUUUCUUUUUAGCUGCCUUUGCAUGGAUGUGCAUUGAAGGCAUCCACCUCUAUCUCAUUGUUGUGGGCGUCAUCUACAACAAGGGCUUUCUGCACAAGAAUUUUUAUAUCUUUGGCUAUCUCAGCCCGGCUGUGGUAGUUGGAUUUUCAGCAUCAUUGGGAUAUAGAUAUUAUGGCACCACCAAAGUAUGUUGGCUUAGCACAGAAAACAACUUUAUUUGGAGUUUUAUAGGACCAGCAUGUCUAAUCAUUCUUGUUAAUCUCUUGGCUUUUGGAUUUAUCAUAUACAAAGUUUUUCGUCACACUGCAGGGUUGAAACCAGAAGUUAGUUGCUAUGAGAACAUAAGGUCUUGUGCCAGGGGAGCCCUUGCUCUCCUAUUCCUCCUUGGCACCACCUGGAUCUUUGGGGUCCUCCAUGUUGUGCACGCAUCAGUGGUAACAGCUUACCUCUUCACCGUCAGCAAUGCCUUCCAGGGGAUGUUCAUUUUCUUAUUCCUGUGUGUCUUAUCUAGAAAAAUCCAAGAAGAAUAUUAUAGAUUGUUCAAAAAUGUCCCUUGUUGUUUUGGAUGCUUAAGAUAAAAAUAGAGAACUAUGGAUAACUGUUGCUACACA